GGUUAACUACCAGUCAAGUCACUGCUCCAGCUUUCCCACACCUCCCCUGCACUCAGAUCCUCUCCGCUCGCCAAUCGCAGAUCCUAACCGCCGCACGAUGGCCAAAAAGCAACCAGAACCCGAACAAAUUUCGCCGGCGAACGCAGUCUUUCUCGGCGCUCUAGCUCCCGGCGUUAACGGUCCGACAUGGACGACGCUGAGAUUUGCGUUUGUGAUGCUGGGUGUGUGCCUUGCUGUGAUGCUGGGUUUGGCAUUCUCUUCCAGUGACUCUUGGUUGGUGUUUCACGUUGCGUUCCUCGUACUCAUCACUGCUACCCUCUUCCUGCUUCUUAGCUGGUUUCUUGCACAGACUGGUUUGGUUUCUGUUGAACAUCAAAUCCGUGAGAUAGGCUUAGUGCCAAAUGAUCAACAGGAGAGUAGAGAAGGUGUCGUGAAAAACGCGGAGAAAUCCCUUUAAAAGGGCAACUUAUACUUCAAUUAAAGACAAUUACAUUUGUGAUACAAUCCUUUUGAGAGGCAUGAGAAGACACAACAAGGUUGUCAAAACAGCAAGCAGGUUGCUGUAGAGUUCUGCACCGUUUCAUGAGAAACAUCGACGAGAGGAGUCGCAUCUUUCAGUCAGUAUGGGCCUCUUUCUCCUUGUGUUUGCUCCUUUUGGGUUUGAUGAAGCAGAAACACGAGCAACACGGGAACUGAAGCAAAAACUUCAUCUCUCUGACGGUGUGGGGAUCAGAUUGUCUGGAGAUUGGUAUAUAUACCGUACUCCGGCGUUGGCUUUCCUUUAUUCCUAUAAAGAUGCUUUUCCUUUUCCUUUCUGUUCUUAUUUUUUCAAGAUGCCUAGCUUUGCUUCUCCAUUUGUGUCAUCAUUGCCCUUUGGUGUAGUAUGCUUCUGGUAUUCUCCUUGCAAUUUCUUCCUUGUGUGAGGAAAGGAAAGAAUAUGUGAGGCAUAUAAGCAACGAAUGGAAACAAAUUAUAGUGGAAUUUAAUGAAGUAGGUUGAUCUUUCUGGUGGCUUCUUGGAGAAAGUCAUGCA